AUGCCCUACUUGCUCCUCCUCUCCGCUUCUCUCUUCCUUCUCUCUCCCCAUAACAGUUCUACCCACCAUGCCCGCGCGAUUCAUUUUGCAGUCCUCCAGAAUACGGUAUCAACCUCUGCCCAGUCAGAGGGCUCGGGACCUCAGAACUGCAGACUGCAGACUGCGUCAGCUCGCGAUGAAAGGAAGUCCGCCUCGUGGUGGCUCUCCAGGUCCCCCUCAGGGCUAUCAUGGCAACAGCAGACUUACAACACACUGGACUUCGAGAAAAAGUCCUUGGGAUCCAAGAAGAACAUCAAACACGCGCCCCAGCGAGAUCUUCGAGACAAAAAGACCAAGGCAGAGAGGGGCCAGGAAAAUAAGCCGUUUCAAUUUUGCUUAUGUGAUUUUGCCUGUGGCUUCCAUGGAGGACAAUGA